AUGGGUGGUAAGACAACUUCUGACAUUUGGAAGCAUUUCACUAAGAAGAAUGUUCAAGAAAAUGAUUGUAAUUACUGCAACAAGACAAUAAAGGAUCAUACUGGAAUGAAUGGUACAAGUGGAAUGUGGAAGCACUUUAACAGAUGCAAGAAGAAUCCUAACAAGCCAAAGCCAAAAGGACAAAAAACUUUGACAUUAAAACCUGCAACACUGGGUGAGGAAGAAGAUGAGAAAGAUAAAUUUAAAAAUUACUUCAAGUCAAGCAAGCAGAGGGCUAGUUUGAAAACAGACACAUGGACUUCACCAAAUAAUUUCAACUACAUCUGUGUAACAGUGCACUUUAUUGAUCAACACUUGAAGUUAGAAAAUAGAAUUAUUAUAUUUUGUGAGGUUAGUGGUCACAAAGGAAUUUAUAUUGGUGAGAUGUUGGAGAAGUGCUUGUCAGAUUGGGGGCUUAAAGAUGUUUUUUCUGUCACUUUGGAUAAUGCUAGUGCCAACAAGGUAGAAAAUGAUUAUUUGACCACUAGUAUUGUUUCAAUGACAAGGUUAGAAAAAAUAUCUAAGUACUUGCAUGUAAGUAUAUGA